AUGAAUAUAAAGGAAAGCUUAAAUAACUCAAAAAAAAGGAUUUUACACAAAAAAGAUAUGAUUAAUGGCAUAUCUAAUGAAGAAAAAAAAAGUAGUGAAAAUGAAAAUGAAGAUAACAUAGAAAAAAUAAUAAUAUCUAACAAGAGUAUCGUAUUUUUUCAAAUUUUUAUAUUUAUAAUAUAUUUUCUUGUAUUACUUAUUGGAUCUUUUAAUUUUUCUUUUAAACUUUUCCAAGUAAGAGAGAAACAUAUAUAUGAAUUUAUUAACAACAGAAAAGAGUUAAUUUGUGAAAGUUAUUUAAAAGAAAAAGAAAAUAAUAAAAAAAUAUUAUAUAGAAAUUCAAACAAUUUAAUUAAUAACAAUAACUUUUCAAAUGUUAAUUUCAAAUAUUAUUUUACAAGAGAUAAAUAUCAUUUAAAGGAAGAUAAUAAAAGACAAAAAAAUAAGAGACAAAUAAAAAUAUUUAUCUGUUUAAAUAAGAAAAAAAAAUUUUAUUAUAGUGACUUUUACAAUAUUUUUUCAAGUUUUAAAGAAUAUGUGACUAAGUUUUUAAGUUUUUUUUAUAAUGAAAUAAAGAAUGCUUUUUUUAAAAAAAAUAAUAAUAGCAACUCUAUAAAUAAAGAAAUGAAAUAUUAUGUGAAAAAUGAUGUCGUAAUUAAUAGAUAUUUAUAUUAUAACCAUUUAUUAAGCAAUAAUAAUUUCUAUAAAAAUUAUUACGUAAAUAUUGAAUUAUUAUUUUAUUUAUAUUUAUAUGAUAUUUGCUAUUUACAUGAUUUCAAUUAUAUUAAAAAUCAAAAAAAUGAUAAUUUGCCAAAAUCUUAUAUGGUUUUUCAUAAGAUAAACAAGAAAUUACAUAUUGAGAAUAAAAAAGAUAUCACACUUUUAAUAAAUCAUAUAAAUAGAUAUUUAAAUGAUAUGACACUUAUUAAUUUAUUAGAUAAUUUGUAUUUUGAUAUAUGUAAAAAGGAAACUUUAAUAAAUUAUUUAAAAAAUAAAAAUAAUAUAAAGGUAGAAGUGGAUAAGCAUAAUGACAGUAAUUUAAAUAAUGAUAAUGAAAAUGGUAAAUAUUAUUAUGAUAAAGAAAAUUCUUUAAAAAAUAUUAAUUAUGAAGAAUAUUAUGUAUUAUAUAAUAAGAUUGGGAAUAUAAGAAACGUAAGUAAAUAUAACACUUUUAUAAGUAAAUUAAGAGAAAAAAUAAGAACAGUAAAUUCUUUAAAAUCAUUAAAUAUGUGCUUAAAAAAAUAUAUAAUAAAUUUAAAAAAUAUUCCAUUAUAUUUUUUUUUGAACAUCUUCUAUGAUACUCCUUGUUAUGUUUAUAAUAAAUUAAUAAGUAAUUUAUUAAGAAAUUAUUAUAAAGGAAUAUUUUUAUAUUUUGUAAUAUUUAUAGGAUGUAUACAUGUUGUUUUCUCUCCAUUUCCCAUAACGCUUGUCCAUUUUCGUAGAUUUUUCAUUUAUUUUUUGAUUAUUAUGUAUCGUUUAUUUAUUUUAUAUUUUAUUCCUUCAAUAAUUCAAUAUAUAAUUUAUAAAUUUCAUUAUUUUAAAGAAGAAUAUAUGCACAUAUUUGAUUAUUCUGAUCACGUUAUUUUAUUCUCCACUUUAUUAUUUAUUAUAUCAUUAGAAUCGAAAGCUAUUGAGUAUACAAUUAAUUAUCAAAAACAGAGUUUUGAUUAUUUUCAUUAUAAAUAUAACAGAAAAUUAUGUUUCUUUUUUUUAAAAAUUAUUUUGUAUUAUUAUUAUAUUCUUAUAUUUUUUUUUUUAUAUACAAGUUAUUUUACCUCCAAAUAUUUUCAUACAACCAAUGAAAUUUUUGUUGCUUAUUUUUUUUCUACAUUUUCUAUUUUUUUUUUCUUUUAUUUUUUUUUAUAUAAAAAUUAUUUCAGUUUUUAUAGUAUAGGAAUAACAUCUUAUAUAAAAAAGAAUUCAUUUACUAUGACCAAUGCUUUGCAUUCUUCUCCUUAUUUAACGAAUGCAUAUAAUUCUUUAAAAGAUAAGUUUGCUUUUGAUUACUAUAGAUAA